CGCUUCAGUUGACUUCAGUUCGGCAGGAAAGGUGUAGGAACGCACUGGUUUCGAGCCAGCCCGCCUAUGGUCCUGUCAGUGUGGAGACUGGGAUCGGCAGUAUUGGGCCCGUAGUUGCAUAACUGAAUAACUCGGUUGCUUCGAAGAACUCAAAAUGAUCAAUACUGAGUUAAUUCAGUGGGUUAAAACCUUCUUGACAGGACAUAAGAAGACCGAACAAGAAUGCACCGACAGCCCAUCCCCGGUGCAGUUGACCGUCUAUGACAGGAAAGCACCAGAAUUAACUACGGACCAACCCGAAACACUAAAACAUGCGUUUGCAAAAGUACGAUCCAAUGAAGAAGAUCUGUUACCUCUCAAGUACGGUGGUGUUCCUGAGUUGAAGCAGGGAUACUACUGCUUCACUUGGCAUACCUCGUCAGGCGACAAAUGCGUCCGCGGGACUGGAGCCAUCGCACCGAGGCGGUUAUCGAAGUUAGUGAAGCGCCAUCAUGGCGGCGGUGGCCCAUCUUGCCUGAAGAAGAUAUGUAUUUCAAACUCUACUAGUGGUGCCGAGUGGAAGACAGUGGUAUCCAGGGACAUCCAAAAGCUUAGCUGCACCUAUCCACGCCUAUGCGAGAUUUCCCUCAACGGCUUUAGCUUCGGCGCCGCACAUCGGAAGCGACGCAUCAAGUUUCGAGACUUCCCCAAGCACCUGAUGUACCUCUCUUUGCGCAAUUGCGUUCUCGACAUGAAGACGUUCUUCUCGACAGGAGUCAUCGAAAACAGCGAAUUGACAGCCCUUGACCUGGGUCGAUGCUUUUUUCUCAAUGAUAACAAGUCUCGCAGCAAAAGGAGAGUGACUUGGCCAUUGCUUCCAUUGCUCGAGAGAUUGUGUCUGGAAGGUUACCCGUUUCUCAUUUCUGAAGCUCUCCUGAGUGAUGUGCUGCUUGGAUGCCCGUCGCUGCAGGUGCUCGACUUGGAAGGCACAUCUCUGCAAAGUUCUGCUGAUGUCGCACUCAUCGGACGGUGCCUGCCGAAGCUCAGCGAACUUUUCAUUGGGUGGACAGACGUGAACGACUCUUCAUUUCUAGCAUUGGAGCGAGGAUGUUUCGAUGAGCUUCUUACGUUGUGUCUCGUGGGAACUCAUAUGACGAACUUGGGUGUGCUGGCGGUCUGUGGUAUUUGUCCGCGCUUGCGUACAAUCCGUGUGACUAUGGGACGCUGGGCUGCCAGGAAACUUGAAAAAGUGGAUGUCUGUCACUCUGUGAGCAUUGAGAUUGCCUGCUUCAGGAGCGACAAUGUGCGCGCGUUUAUACGAAACGAAGGGUGCGAGCACUUCAACCAACACGUGAGGCGAGCGCUGACAUGACUAAGGCAGGUAUAGAGACAAAACUGGAUGCGUAUGCACCAGUAACAUGGCAAGUGCUUCACAAAUGUUAGAUCACUUGCUUUUGCAUACGCAUGCUUACUGCAACUCGAUUCUUGUUGCGCUCAACAGACACACAUGCUGUAAAGAUAGCACAGAAUUUCGGUAGUGUGUUUGUAAUUAUAUAGAGUGACAAAUACGUAAAUGUCAAUGAACAGCUAGUCUCUACGUAUUACGGCUGGUACACUGUAUUAAUGUUCGCUAAUACUAGAUGUAUGCUGUAGAAAAGGACAAUCUGUGCCUCGAAACGAAGCACAGUGCUUUGAAAUGCUAUUUUAACAUUUACAUUCCGUAGGCGUUAUUGCGCGACACGAGUGUUUUACUUUUUCUGUAGCUGUACUCGUGUCACCCAAAUGAAAAAAAAAGCUACAUAUGACCACUGUAUGCGUAUACUGGCAAACAGCGCCGGCAGAAUAAAGUGAAUGAGGGUAUGUUUUUACCUUUUUUCCGUCUAUCUCUAGGAAGCACUGCACAACGUAUACAAAGAAUUAGAACCUGUGGACUUUCCCAGACGCAGCUGAGUCGAGGUGAGUGGAAAAGCACGAACAGGUUUGCAUAUUUACAAACAAAUGACUGCCACCACAUUGGAACUACGACAAAUACGAACUUCCGCGAUGGACAAUGCCUUUGCCACGGAAGAGCAAGUGUCAUUUCCGCCGAAGCAGCUGCGGCGACUGAAUAAACCAUUCAAGUUGCAACCGCAUAAUACGCGCAGUUCACGGUGUGAACGACACGUCAGCACGCGAGGUUGGCAAGCGAGGUGCGAUAAAAAGGAGAAAAAAAAUCUUGGUGCUUUUUUCCUUGCAAUAGCAGCAGCUACAAACUCUGCGGUAUCAAAAAUAACGUUGUUGAAUUG